UCUGCCUGUCAAAUCGCACAUGGGCGGGAGGGCGCAAAACACACCGCAAUCAACCGUUCACUAUAACUGACUAGUCGCAAACAAAAGGUAUUUUAAAGAGGAGGGGGGAUAUUGGGGGCAGCUUGGCUUGCCGUCGUACACUUGCACUCCACCCUUUCCCACCGGUCAGGCUGUCCGAUCAGCCCGGGCGAGCGGCGCUGCCCACGAAUAACGGGAGGAGACGGGAGGAGGACCACCGCCGAGACAGAGGAAGAGGGGCUGCGAUUGAUCGCUUUCCUCCAGUGCGCUGCGGGCUGGGAGCUGAUCGAAACGCGCCUGUGUCCAGAAGGAGAAGACAAAAAGACAAGGUUGAAAACGAGGGGAGAGUGCUGACACCAUGGAGAAGUCUGAAGCGGUUUUGCACCAGGAGAGACUCCAGGCCAUAGCGGAGAAGAGGAAGAAACAGACAGAGAUUGAGAACAAAAGGAGGCAGCUGGAGGAUGACCGCCGACAGCUCCAGCACCUCAAGUCAAAGGCCCUGCGGGAGAGAUGGCUGCUGGAUGGAGCGCCCUCUGCUGGCUCGGAGGAGGAUGAAGCAAAGAGACAGCUUCAGGAGGACGAGGCCAAGACCAAGGGUCUGGAGGAGACUAUUAUAAGGCUGGAACAGGAGCUGGAGGAACUGGAAACUGGAGUUUCAGCAACAUCCACCAAAGAGAACCUAUCAGAUGUGGGCAUGGAGGAAGACAGAAAAACAGGAGGGAACAAGGCUCCUGCAGGCUCUGUCAAAGCGACAUACUCGGUCGAGAUCACCGUUGAAAGGGACAGGCUCACCGGCGAGACUAAAGUGUUAUCCACCAACACGCUCCUGCCGAAAGACCUCACUCAGCAGGGGGUGAAGGUGUAUGAGGAUGACCAGAAAGUGGUGCACGAGGUGCGCGGCAUCGACGGCGCCGUGGAGAACGGAGUGCACCAGCUCAGCUCCACGGAGGUGGAUGAGCUCAUUCACAAAGCCGAUGAGGUCUCCAUGAACGAGGCGGGGGGCACACCUAGGGCGACAGGCGGUCCCGUCGAGGGGGCACAGACCCCUAAGAAGGAGAUCACAGGCAUCGAAGCCAAGCCCGGCGGCGGUACCCAGGACGCGCUGGGCGACGCCAGCAGCGAGCACCCUGUCACCAUGGUGUUCAUGGGAUAUCAGAGCGUCGAGGACGAGACCGAGACUAAGAAGGUGCUGGGUUUGGAGGGAACGGUGAAAGCAGAGCUGGUGGUCAUCGAGGACGGUGAGAGCAAAGGGGGUGUCGAGGGGGCCAAGGAAGACCAGGCGCCCCCCAACGGCAGCGCCGCCGAACCCGUCAAGGCCCAGGAGGAGGGCGGGGGCAAGGGUGAGGCCGAGAGUGGGGCGGCGGAGCUCAACACCAAGGAGAAACAGCCCUGCAAGUGCUGCUCCAUCAUGUGAGCGGGCCGCCAGCACGCCCCGGGACGCGAGCCCGCCGGACAGAAACUCUCACCUGCCACAGAAACACACCAUCUUUGUAUGACACCCCCACUCCAUCAUCAUCCUUAGGGGUUUUUUAUUUUACUUUUUUAAAUUCAGUUUCUUUUUUUCCACUUUGUUCGCAUCCGAAGCCGUUCCCACCUGGCAUUCAGGAACCGGGAGCUGAGGGCCUCGUCCCCGUAACCACCCGGCGCUAAGGUCAUCCAACAUUAUCCGACAGGAUUCUUUUGUAAAUGACAUCACUUACUCAGUGUCAUGAAUUUUGUAGUCUUAUCUUACCGUAUGAAGGACACAAAUGUCCAUAUAUAAAUAUAUAUAUAUAUAUAUCUAUAUAUAAAUUGUUUAUUUUUAAAGAUAUAUUUAUUUGGAUUUUUUUAGACAAAUCCCUCUGGUCACCGUGGGUGAAGACGUAAGGUAUUCAGCUUGCUGUGCAUUCUUUGCUGUCACCGUUUUUCUGAGAUUCAGCGAGCCAGCGGGUUAAAAAUUCCGAAAACCGUGUUGUAAUAUUUAUGACUGAUAAUGCUGUGAUGAGGUAACUGUCAUGGUUUUUUUUUUUUCCCAGAAAGAAAAAAAACCUAAAUUUACUCUUAAGAUACGGGGAGAGGGUUGGUGUCUUAAGGUUACUACCAGUGUGCAGUGUGGAGAAACGAGCGGAUGUGAAUCUGGACACUUGGGCAGCUCAGUGCGUUAAAUGCGAGGCCGACUGAGGGUUUGCCCCCAAGCUCUCGUGCUGUUUGUGCUCGUCUCCAUGUCAUCGUGAUGCCCUCACGUGACCUCACGUGACCUCUGUCCACGCCAGCAAUCUCAGUCACACCGGCUCAUUACACUCAAUGCUUUUCUCUCUGAAACGAUUCUCCUUCGGCCGAAUGGGAACCGAACCAUGAUUGUAAGAACGAGAAAAACAACGAUAACCUGGCCAGCGUCACCCAUACUGAAGAAAUAAAUGCUGUCGUGUAAGGAGGGGGUGAUUUGCUGGUUUAACUCCCAUUUAGUUUCCAGCGAGAAGUCUCUGGAUCAUCUAUGAUGCCCACACUCCGGGUUUAUUGACCCGGGGCCCAUAGUAAACGGGCAGCACCGGUGAGGUCUAAGCAGAGCUGGACGCCGGUCCAACUGAACCCAAGCAGUCAUGACGAGCGUCGAGUUCGGUGCGACGCUGUUUCGAUGUCGCAGUGCUGCGAUCAUUUGCGGAGUAUUUUAUUUUCCUGAAUCGGCAUGCGGUGGAUGGCCUUUUGUUAUGUGCAGCCCCCCCACCCCCACCUACAGCAAAAGCGGGAAGAUAAUCCCCCAUGCACAGUUCCCGUGGGGUUCACCGUCAUUCGGGAAACACCCCGACGGCACAGUUCGCGCCGUCGACGAACCACGCGCGGCGGCACUCCGUCGGCCGCAUCGCCGGGCCGGUCUGCGCUCCCUCGCUUCCCGCCGGGCUGUUCGGCUCGCGUACAAACCUGAUGUCAGAGACAGGGACACGAACCCUCCUCACAUUCCAGGAUGCUGCCACCUCUUUCCUCCCCCCCAAGUGGUAAUAUUUGCUCCAGUUGCUGUUCAGUGCCCCCCCCCCCCCCCCCGCACUUAGAGCGCGAUAGUUGUUUUUCUUUCUUUUCUCUGUGCUUGUUCUAUUCAUCCUGUUUUUUUUUUGUUUCUUUGUUUUGCUGCCUUGGUAGACAUAUAGAAGCUUGGAUUUGUUAUUAUUAUUAUUAUUAUUAUUAUUAUUAUUUUAUUGGCACAAUUUGGAGCUAAAUUUCCAGCUAAGCUAAAAAGGUCCUGUAAUUAUUGUCCUUUGUAUGGUGAGAUGGGAUAAUGAGACGGAUUGUCGAGCAAAUUGCCUGUGUUGUGCUUCUCCCUCCAAUUUGCUGACAAACCCCAGUGUGCCUGCUGGUCCGUGUGUAAUUAUUCUUCAAAAUAAAAGUUUUAUUUGGGAAGCUGGCCGAACAACAAGUGGUUUCUGUGGACUCCGGUACUUUUAACUUGAAAAAAAAAAAAAUCCCACGGCCUGUGAGUUUGUCGUGCCUCCUGCUUGCACAGGUUGUGCUGCGCGUCUUUCUUUGCAAAAAAAAAUAAAUAAAAAUGCUUCAGUCUUAGCGACGGUCAUAUUUCAAUACUUUUACAUUUUUUCUAUUGUCUCUGAAUCUGUAGGAUGGGUUUUAAGGAGUCGUUUGGUCAUUUCUGUGAAGGUAGAUUUUUAAAGUGGUGUUUUAUCCAAAUUUCAAAAUGGUGCUUGAAGUGUGUUGCCAGUCCAAAACAGCAAAUAAUGUCUUGGUAUUCAUGCACUGUUGGUAAAUGCGUUUCGUGCCCAUUGGAGAACCAGACUGCAUAUGCUGGAAGCAUAUCGGUUUCUUCCUUGCUUCCGCUUGGCACCUCCCUUCGCCUCAGGCAUUUGCGUUAGCUUCUUUACCCAUCGGCAUGUCGGAUUCGGGCUGCGCCCCACAGCGCCCCCUCUGGCCAUCGGAGUGGGAGCGCCGGGCCAGAUGCAGCGAUAGCGUCCUCGUUCUCCUCAGCAUAGCGCCCCACGGUGGCCACUCACUCGUUAUAGCAUAUCUAAUACUCCCUCAGCGGGCUUCUCAAACCUAUGCAACAGAAUAUCUGCAUGCAUGUUUACAUGAUCCAAAUUUAAAAAAAAAAAAUUUUUUUGACUAUAUUACAUGCAAAAAUCCCUGCAUUUCUAUAAUAAUCUGCUUAUCAGUGUAACGCCCACCUUCCUAAAGUUUGCAGUCGUUUAUGUUGACAAAACUUCAUAUAGAGCUCUUCACAAACGCUCCCGCUCACUGUAAGGUGCAGCCACUUUUAAAUGCAGGUUCGAGAUCAGACGUUUAUGUGGACGGGAUCUUUCAUGCAGGAGAGUUAAGCAGGUAUGGACAGAGCCAAGAUGAAAGUUUGAGGUGGAUAUGCAAAGAUGCUGAAAUGGGCUGUCUGUGCCCGGCAGCCUUCGAAGGGUUGAGUACUGGGUGACUGAAGCUGUGUAUGGACUUCACCGAGACCUGUUUACAUCAGGUUUAGGCUCAGUAUGAGAGAGUAGGAAAGUAAGAAUUACAAGGAGAUGUUUGAAUGUGUGCGCUGUACGAACACAGAGGUGUUUUUCUGGAAUGUUAUAGAUUGUUGUCCACUCCACAAGAUGCUAAUUGGUUAAGACAUUUCCAGUGGCCUCGGGCUUGAAACUGAGAUCUUACCUAUUCAUUGUCUGUUCUCCAAAAAAAAAAAUCUCCAACCUAUUCUGUCUUUUGCUAUGAAAAAGACAAGAUCAUUAACUCUUUGCUGGAAUACAGCCUGGAACAAAGGUCCUCAAUACAGUGCAAUUAUUAUUAUUUUUUUUUGGGAAGCCUCAUUCAGAUGGUCACAUUGUGAAAAUGAGAUUCGCAGAGUGCUAGACUUGUUGGGGAUUGCAGUAAUCUUUUCAUGCACAUUUACAAAAUGUAAAACCUUCCAUUGGACAUAGCACAGUUUUUAGAAAUGUAUAUUCUAACUGAUACAGUCAACCAGAUCCUAUCUGUGUUCGUAGGUUCAGUUGGCUGCUUCAGUUCCGCUUUUGACUUAUCUCUUAAAGAAGCUUAACUCUCAUUCUAAGCUACAGUGCCCAAAUCCACUUGGGAGACCCCCUUUGAAACCCGACUUCAAUUUAAGGCAAGAGGUGUUUCUGUAAUUAUGUCCUUGGCACAUGCUUACUCAUCUUCAGAUGGAGCAUGGGGUGAGUCAGACCUUCUCGGCGUCAAAUCAGUCCAUGCACUCCCACAAGGCCAAAGCGACGUCGAGGUGACAUCACUAUGUACAUCACACUCUUUCAGCAGAGUGACCGUUCUGGAAAUGCACGAUAUGUUUGCAGUUCUGUUACGGCUGGCACACAUACUCUGUAGCGUUUGGCUUAGUGUGGCUGCAGCGGACGUCACAUGACUGUUCCCUUCAUAUUUUGCUGGCAUCCAUUGCCAUAGUUACCUCAGGCCCUUGCUUAGCAACCUCCCCCCCCCCCCCCCCCCGCCCCGCUCCGACACUCUGUACUGACAUUCCAGUUCUGACGCGUUAGACGACCCUAAUGCCUUGUAGUCUGGUUCAGUCCAGGCCUCUUUUUGUAACUGCAUGCUUUUUAUAAGUAUAUAACCCUACCUAUUAAAGUCCUUGUGAAGAAAUGUAUCUUUCUCUUAUUAUCGUGAACCCUCCGUCUCUCCCAAACGUCUGGUUCCUGCACAGCUAACGGUGCAGUGCGACUGCUGUUGUUCCUCCUGCCUUAUAAGGUGUCAAGGUUUUCUUUAUUACAAACUGGCAAGUGAUGUAGAAAGUGUUGGAAACAAUAAAAUGUAACGUGCUUUAAA